AUGGCAACAAUAGCUGGUGGUGUCAGUCUUUCAAGCCCUGCCAGAGUAUUUGCUAAUGCCAAGGGAUCGGACUCAGCGCAAAAGGCCCAGGCAAUUAGCUUUCCGCUCUCUAGGCCCAUACAAAAGUGGCCCGGGUUGGUUGGGGUGGCGAAGAACUGGCCCAUUCGCGCAACGCCGGAGAAGAUAUCGGACAAGGUGGAGGAGAGCAUAAAGAGCGCGGAGGAGACGUGCUCCGGAGGUGGGGGUGACGCGGAAUGUGCGGCGGCGUGGGAUGAGGUGGAGGAGCUGAGCGCGGCGGCGAGCCACGCGAGAGAGAAGCAGAAGCAGGCUGACCCACUGGAGAACUACUGCAAGGAUAACCCGGAAACCGAUGAGUGCCGCACAUAUGAUAAUUAA